AUGGAAGUACCAAUAAUCCUUCAGCAUCUUAAGGACUAUCACCAAAACACAAUUGAGAGAGAUGAGAUUACUCAUAUAAGGGAAGAUAUAAUUAAUUUUAUUCAUGACUUUUCUAAAAAAACUGGCUUAAGAGGCUCAAACUUUGGUAACAAGCUAUGUCCUGAUAGCAGCCAAAAUUGCUAUAUAUCUAAACUAAACAACUUGCUGCCAAAGUCUGAAUUCAGCCCAAGGCUCAACUUAUUUUCUUUACUCGCAAAAUUUUCAAAUAAAGUCAAUAUUAACGCCAGUGUUCCAACUACUCUGAUUAAGCUCGAAGAAACCUCAUGCAUUAUUCGUACAAAAAAGGAUGGAAAAAUACACUCAAAGCCCUGCACAAGUGAAGACUUUUUUAAUCUGACACAAGAAAAAAAGGAUUCUGACUGCCCACUAUUCUGUUUUAAAAGUCCUGGCCAAGAUACAGUAGCGGUAUUUACAAUUGACAGUGCUUUAAAAAUAUGAAAUCCAUCCGAAACUAAUGCGUUUAUGCAGCAAUUUAUCCAAGGGCGGUCAAGCACAAUUUCUUUUACAAGAGUUUUAUGGCGACAAGGUCUAAAAAAUAAAUAUUUCAACAUCGUAAAUAAAGCCAAAAAAGAAAAGAAAUUGAAAAAAAUUUCCCCAAAGCAGCAAAAACUUGUGCAUAAAAGAUCAAUUUCUUCGACUAAUUUAUCGGAAUUUAAGUACAGAGAUAUGAUGCUACCUUCAUCCCAAUCAGUCAAUAAUCCUUAUAAAGUUGCAAAAACUCCGAUAAAAAAUAAAAAUUUAAAAAAUGCUUCAUUUUCAGAACUCCCUAAACAAGAUUUAGGAAUAAAUCGAGCCGCUUCUCCUGGAAUAUUUUCGAGGGAGACUAAACAAUGCAGUCUUACUGAAGAACUAUCAAAAAUUAUUGGAGAAGGCACUUAUAAAGAAUUUAUAGUAACUACAAAAGACUCAGAAAGCUGCUAUGCAAUAGAAAGUUUAGUGAAAAUCCCAGAGAUAGAAAAUAUGGUCAAUCAAAUUGUACAGUUUUUAAAUAAUGAAAUAUUCCAGAAUAGUCUAAAAGCUAUUGUGCUGGAUUUUCUUCAAAAUAGAAACAAUAAUUGGUUUUUGCUGGAUUGUAAGGAAUAUUUGGCAGAUGAAAUUGAAAAGAAAAAAAUAAUAAUGCCAAGGAUAAAUAAGCCGAGGAGAAGCAGAUCACUUAUAUGCCAUAAGAAAGUAUCAAAUUUUGAAGAUGAAGAAAUUAAAUCUGAAGAGCCACCAAAGGAUAUAAUAAAAAGGCAAAAAACAGUUUCCGUCAAAUUAAAGCCAUCAAACACCAUUAAAGAAAGACCACGCAUAACUGAUGAAAAAGAGCUGCUUCAAAGAUGCGCUGAGGUUAACCAAAAAGUCGACCAAAUAAUCUCAAGUAAAAAGCUCCUAAGAGCAUCCUCCACAAAUUUCAUCCAAACCGAAAGCCCUCACAACUACCUCAGCAGCUCCUCUUAUACACAAUUAAACGAUAUGACCCCUCUUCCAAAUACUCCAGUUGGCAAAAAACGCCUGCAAAUCUCAGAAUCCCUAUGGGACGACAAGUGCCACCAUAUGACCCAAAAACAUUUUUCCGGAAUUAUUGAAAAUUUUGACGAAAUGACCUUAAAUGCUCAUGUCGCCAAGCUUAAAAGACAAAAUUUAGUCGAAAAAUACGGAGGAGACCAAUUUUGGAAUAAUUUUAUUCUGUCACUUUAUAAUAAAGUUUUAGGCAGCGAGCAGCUUUAUUCUUACUUUAAAAACUGCAAUUUAGACAAUUUUGAAAUGAUAGUGACUGGGAUGUUCAAAAUUUUUAAUGGAAAUGUAAGUUUGGAAUUUAGAAGAAAAGUAAGAGGGUCUCAUUUAAAUAGAGGAAUAAAUGAAAACGAAUUUAAUGCUUAUUCAGAUCUUUUUGAAAAAACAUUGGUGGAAUUCCAGGUUGAAGAAGAAGACAAGCAUGCAAUAAUGAUGCAAAUAAAAUCAAUGAAAUGCUUGAUAUGCAGGUAA